CAAGCACUCAAACCCGACAAGGAUGGGGUCCAUUGACGAUAAUGGGCUACGAUCCAAGAGCUCGAAAUCGAAUGGGCCUGGCCUCGAAGACCAGAAGAGCAAUACUUCGCCGCUAUCGUUAAUAGGUGAUCACCAGCCUUUAGGACACGAGAAGAGCAUGUCCGACUCUUUGGAAUACAAUGAUGAGACUAACGAGGUGUAUCCCGGUGACGAAGAUGAUGCACGACAUGACGCCUUCAACGCCAGCUCCGGUAGGAAAAGCCCAUCAAGUAGCUUCGAUUCUUCGACCGAUCAGCGUCAACGAAUUACGAAGACCGCAGCCUUACAGCCUACGGUAGAUUCAGACCACGAAGAUAUGGAACCGGAGCCUUCGGUUUCCAGAGAUUCUCCUCCUAAUGCGGACCAAUCUAGAGAUUCCUAUGUCGAACAUUCGGAAGGGAAAGGCGAUGAGCGUUCGGGUCUUGCUGUCCGAAGCGCAAGCCCUAUUUCUGAUCCAUCUCAGGCAUUAGAUGGCACGAGGGUCUCAAAAGACAAGACGCAAUCCACACAGGCUACCCUGGGAAGCGAGACGCAACCGCUCGACCCGGCGAAUCCGGAUCUUGAACAAGUUAUCAAGAAGGGUUUCGAAGCAUUGAAGGCCUUAGCGUUGAAGGGAAAUGCCGACGAAGUUGAGACCGAAGUCCAACAACGGGUCGAGGAAGAAAUGGCAAGACAAGACGAAGUCCGAAGACGGAUUGCGGUAGAACAGGCAGAAAAACUCCUACUCUUUGAGCGUCAGGAAGCCCAAAAAGAACCAUUAAAAUGGCACAAAUACCAUGUAGAGAUUGACACUUUGGUUUGGUACGAUGUUCCAUUUGAAUAUGAUAUGUACGACCAUAACUACAUAACCAUACUUCAGCAGUUGGACGAAAAGCAGAAGAAUAUAUUGUUCGAGCACACCCGUCGGCUGCGAGCAAGGCGCCUCCAAGCCAAGGCUCCGAGUAAGAAAACCCUGGCUGAAGAGCAAAAUAAGACGAAAGUAUCCGAAUAUGCCCAUGUUCGCAGGCCGAAAACGCGUGGCAAGCCCGUUGGCCACCAAAGAACAGAUCGGUACGACAAUUCCGUUGGGACGAAACCGCUUCCCGACACAAAGAGAUGGGUAACUGGGCGAAAAAACACCGACAAGAAAGCGUCUGCGACAAAUGAUGCCCGGGACGCCUCUCCGCCGCCUGCAAUAAGAGAGCUCAAUAUCAACUUACAAGUCCCACCGUUUCUCGCCUGGCCAAGUGAGUUAGAGGAAGACAAGGAAAGUUGGGAUUCGGUCACUCAGACUCCACCACGUGUCGAAAACGAUGGCGCUCUAAUUCAACUUACUCUUUCGGUGAUCGAAGAACACAUUCACAAGAAUGGAGGAGACGAUGCAGGCCUCCCGGCGACCUCUCAGCAUCCCUUCUUGACACCUUACAGACUUGGAGAGGUAUUUGUGGAAAUUCCUGAGAAGGCCAUCAAUGAUCUCGAAUUCGAGUUCCAAGGGAAUUCGGCGCCCCUUGAUAUUCGAGCCGAACUUGCUUUUCUACAGAAAGGGCGCGGAGGUACUAGCAGCGAGUCGAAACCAAAGGCAACGCACCUUCCCAAACGUUCUGCCAUUGGCAAAACGAAAAGCAAUCCAAUUCCGAUUAGUUAG